AUGCCUCAAAAAUUACACGAAGCUACUUUUCGAGCUUUACAAGUUAAGCAAUAUAAAGGAUCCGAUAUCAAAUACAUUCCCGCAGUUGAUCUGCACAACCUCAAUUUAAAAUCCGCGAAAGGACUCGUUUUUAAAACCAUCCAAGAAUAUUAUUCUACCGAGGUGACUUGGAUAAGAUUUAUAACGGGGAGGGGAAAUCAUCAAAACGCAAAGGGGAAACGGGCAAUCCUUUAUAACAGCUUUCCAAAAUGGGUUACGGAUGUUAAAAUUCAUCAUUUAAUCGACAGUUGCGAACAAGGUGAUGGAUCGUAUAAGGUAUAUCUUAAAACUUCCAAAAAACUAAAAGAAGAUUCUUCAACAAAUACAAUCUUGGAUGUAAAUAUUAUUCGACAGGAAGUUUUUAAACGAUUAAAAAAGUUGGCCGAAAGUGGAAACGUCGAAUCCCAAUUACUCAUUGGACAAUUAUAUUUUGAUGGGAUUAUUAUUAAUAUAAAGGAAAAACAUGAAAAGGCCUUCAAGUGGUUCAUUAAAGCGGCCGAACAAGGUGACGUUGGUGCCCAAUUGAUCGUCGGGAAUUUAUUGCAUGAAGGAAAGGGUGUUGCUAAAAAUUAUAGAGAAGCUUUUAAAUGGUUAUUAAAGGCCGCUAAGCAAAAUAACGUUAACGCACAAAUUUUUGUUGGUAAGAUGUAUUUCAAUGGUGAAGGUACUAGGAAAAAUGAUAAAGAAGCUUUUAAAUGGAUCAAAAAGGCCGCCGAAACAAAUAAUCCGAACGCCCAAUUUAUUCUUGAACAAAUGUGUGUUAAAAUUGAGAGUUAG